UCACAAAGCACUCCUCGAUUAUCUCGUGGCUAACGGCUUUACAGAAUCUUUCAAUUCAUUAAAAAACGAGGCACACCAUGAAGAUUUUAAUCCGGAUCCUUCACAAAAAUAUGCUGGACUACUGGAAAAAAAGUGGACUUCUGUUAUUCGGCUCCAGAAAAAGAUAAUGGAUCAAGAAGCUAAAAUCACGCAAUUACAAGAAGAAUUGAAUAAUGCACCGCUUAGAAAACAGAAUACCGCGGUAGAUUUCUUACCAAGAGCACCAGAGAAAUUUGCAUUGACUGGUCACAGAAAUCCUGUUACACGUGUUGCGUUUCAUCCAGUGUUUUCCGUGUUAGCAUCCGCAUCUGAGGAUACCUCCAUAAAAAUUUGGGAUUACGAAACUGGUGAAUUCGAACGAACGUUAAGAGGUCAUACUAAGUCAGUUCAAGAUAUCGCUUUCGAUCCAAAGGGUAAUUUCUUAGUCUCCUGCUCAGCGGAUUUAACGAUAAAAGUGUGGGAUCUACAAAGCGAACAUAAAUGUGUGAAAACUCUGUAUGGUCACGAUCAUAGUGUUUCUUCGGUUGCAUUUUUGCCGUCUGGAGAUUUUAUUGUUUCCGCAUCACGUGAUAAAACGAUUAAAUUAUGGGAAUUUGCGUCAGGAUUUUGUGUGAAAACAUUUACUGGCCAUUUAGAGUGGGUACGCUCUGUUACACCUAGCGAAGAUGGUAAAUGGCUUGUUACUAGCUCUAAUGAUCAGACUUCACGUCUUUGGGAAGUACCAACCGGAGAAUGCAAAAUGGAAUUCAGAGGCCAUGAUCACGUAGUAGAAUGCGCUAUUUUUGCCCCGAUUGUUGCAUAUCCUUAUAUAAGAGAAUUAGCUGGUGUAGAAAAAGAUCCUAAGGCUAAUAAUCCCAAAGAUCAACCAUUGCCGGCACAAUACGUUGUAACCGGCUCAAGAGAUAAAACCAUAAAGUUAUGGGAUCCGACGGGGCAAUGCAUAAAAACUCUGGUAAAUGCAUCCGAUGACAAAACCAUAAAGAUAUGGGACAUCAAAACAGGCAGAUGCACAAAAACUCUCAGUGAUGCACAUUCUCACUUUGUCACGUGUAUCGCUUUCAACCCUGUAACUCCUGUGGUGGCUACCGGCUCGGUGGAUCAGACUGUAAAGGUUUGGGCUCCGUAUAGGUAA